GUCGUGAGAGCCGAGUGCGGUACCGAUGGUGUACCGAUUGCGGCUUUUAUUAUCUAUUGGUCGUAAUAUCAAUCUUUGACGGCGAUUAAAUUAUUUCUCAAGAUACUUUGUGAUAUUUUUUGGACAAUAAUCAUCUCAGUAUCCUUGCUGGUAUUCCGAAGUGAUUUCGGUAAUUAUCGAUUUGGAGCUGCCGUUUUUGAGACCACUAUGAUUUGUUUAUUUUAUAUUGUGAUUAUAUUUGUGAUAAAAAUUAUUGUAUAAUAGAUUCUUCAAUCUAUCCCUUACUGGACUCUUCAGAUAAAUUUUGCUCGCUGAAUUUCGAAGCAUUCGUUCGAUCUACGCAAAAACCUACAUUCGAGAGGAAAGUUCACCCACUAGAGAUACCCAGAUUAAGCGGCAAGGUGAUCUUGAUCUUCAAUCAUCAUUUGUUCCGCAAAUUUUUAACCUGGUCACAACAAUUCUAAAAUAGAAAUAGAUAAGCGCCAUUUAUCCAUCGAGAAAAUUUAUAUAGUAAAGUCUCAAAGAAAAACGCGACUUGUGAGAAAGUUACAUUUUGCUACGUUCUCGAUUAAAUAUCAAAAGAAUAUCCGAAACAUUGACGAAAUCGAAGUAUUUGUGGUAUUAAUCUAAUAUUUAUUUUCGAACCAAAUAUUUUUUCUGUUUACGAAGGAAGACAUUGAACUUAAUAUCACGUGUUCUGUGAAUGAUUUAUUAGUGCGGCUGAGGUAUUUUCAUUUAUCGACUACACAGAAGGCCUUCGGAGAACUCGUUGCGAAAUUAACCGAGAUAAUAUGUAUUUUUCUCCAUCGCAAAAAGAUUCUCUCAAUUACGAAAAAAAAGAGGCUGUACUCCAUUUCAUGUGAUUUUUUUUAUCAGCAACCUAAAUUACUGUGAUUUAAGUCGAUUACUGUAAAAGGCAAGCCAAUAAAGGAUUUGCAGAAUCGAUAGAAACAGUAUACAGUCACAGUAUUUUUAAUUAGAGUGAAAUAAUUUUUUUCUUUGCGAAAAACGAUCUACGUUGAACUUAACGCUGUGUUUUAUGUGAAUAAUUCACUAUUAAUAAAACAACGUACGCGUCGAUGUCAAUCACUAACUGUACACAUGAGCCAAAUAACGUUAUGUUGAACAUACAAAUUAUUCUCAUGUUAUAUUCUGCGGUUAUUAACAUAAAAUUUUUCUAAAUCCGAACACUAAAUUUAGUUUAGAAGAGAAGCAGCUGCCUGUCAGCAGUUGCUUGGUCAAGAGAAACCGAAGAUGAUGAUAACGAUACAAUAAGCGAAGCAACAGGAGAGUGGAAAAAGGAAAGUUACUAAGAAAGAGAUAGACCGAUAGAGAAAAAGAGAAAAAGAACAGCGACCCUACAAGUAGCAAAUCGAUUUAGCAGGUGUGCACGUACUCCAAGGAAGAGAUAAAGAAAAGAACAAGGACGGUUACCAAAGUAACAAGGAAAGAAGAUAGACAGAACAAGAUAAAUAAAGAAGAAAAACGAGAAAUUCGUAAAAUUUAAAAAAACGAGAAAAAAAAACGGAGUAAGAUCAGAUCGAAAGAAGCAAAAAAGUACCCUUCUUGAAACUGGUCCUCAAAAUGAAUAAAAACAUUCUGAACUCGCAUGUGGCCAAGAAUUGCCACGUUUUCGACGAGGAAGCUAUUUUGAAGAAGAUACGAUGGCGCAAUCUCGUAGCCUUCUGGAUUCUAGGUCUAUGCAACAAUUAUGGCUACGUCGUGAUGCUCAGCGCGGCCCACGACAUUCUACAGAGCAAAUUCGGUGAGCAAAAUGACACGUCAAGUAAUGACACAAACGACAUGAACGCGACAUACACUGGAAAUCGUACAUGCAACACGAUUUCAACCGGUGCCAUACUUUUGGCAGACAUUCUGCCAUCAUUGGCAAUCAAGAUUAUGGGGCCAUUUCUACCAUUUCUAGUGCAUGUUCGACUGGCUACCUGUGUGUUAUUUUCCGCUGCAGGAUUCCUCAUGGUGUCGUUGAGUACUGCUGAAUGGGUCGCCAUUAUGGGCGUUGUUAUAACGUCGCUUUCCUCCGGUUUGGGCGAAGUUACUCUUCUCAGUUACAGUAACCAGUUUUCCAAGCAAGUGAUCUCGACGUGGUCAUCGGGCACGGGCGGCGCCGGGGUAAUCGGCGCUGUAUCUUACGCUGGUCUCACUUUGGUACUAUCUAUCGAGAAUACACUGCUAGUCAUGUUAGUCGUGCCACUUUUGCAAGCGAUUACGUUCUGGGUUAUCCUCAAACACCCGACGCACACUAGAAUUCCGAUCACCAAGAACGGCAUCGACAGUCAAGAACAAAUCAUCAAGGUCCCUGAAAAGACUUUCAGGGACAAGAUUAAUUUAGUGCCUGGCUUGCUGAAGUACAUGAUACCACUUGGGCUCGUUUAUCUGUUUGAAUACUUCAUCAAUCAAGGCUUGUACGAGCUUAUCGAAUUCAAAGAUAUUUGGUUGACACACUCCGAACAAUACAGAUGGCUCCAAGUGGAUUACCAAAUAGGUGUAUUUAUCUCGAGGUCAUCGGUGAACCUGGUCAGCAUUAAUAAAAUUUGGAUUAUGUCCGUGUUGCAGUUCUUUAACGUUAUAAUCUUUUUCUUCGAGACUCUCUAUUAUUACAUACCAAAUAUAUGGGUCGUGUUUGCUCUUGUAUUGUGGGAGGGUCUGCUUGGUGGUGGAGCGUACGUGAACACGUUCUAUCGAAUGUCGACCGAGAUUCCGAAGGUGGAUCGUGAAGCUUCUCUAGGAAUCGCGACGAUGGCAGACUCUAUUGGGAUUGCGUUGGCCGGUUGGCUAUCCAUGCCUAUUCACAAUGCCAUUUGUAAAUUACCGCAGCCGAACCGAUUAGGUAGUUAAAGAUAUCAUGGUGGUUCGAGUGCUGCUAUUAUACCGAGUGAUAACAAAGUUUCGGCAGAAACUUGUUUUUUUAAAAGUUCCUCAACACAAUAUGCCGGUGAUUAGCAGCGAAUAUGAGGCGUUUCUUUUAUUAAUUUAACGAUUGUGCUGGUAGAUAAAAUAUUUAAACAUAAAAUUAUUAAUAAAAUUAUUAACGUUCCGGUUAAUCUUUUAGCUUUGUGGAAGUAUUUGCGAAAUUUUAAAGAAAAAUUAAUAAAACAAACAUUCAGAAUGCAGGCGGC